ACUGGCCGCUCUCGCGGUUUCGGUUUCGUGACCUUCUCGUCUCAACACGAGGCCGACUCUGCCAUCGCUGCUCUUAACGAGACUGAGCUCGAUGGUCGUCGCAUUCGUGUCAACAUGGCCAACUCUCGUCCAGCUGGGUAAGUUAGAGCAGCUCGGCGCUCAGUCUCGCCAUCAACUCUUGUCGACCACAGGACAAGAUGAAUCUACAACAUGACUUGAAUCUGGUGUUGACGUGGUCUUCUCCUUUUCCCGAUUCGACAUGUAGUGGCUUCCCCGGUGGCCAAGCUGGUGGUGCCGGUGGCUAUGGUGGGUACGGCAGUGGCUAUGGUGGCGGAGCCCCUGGGUUCGCUGGUGGCUACGGUCAGCAAGGCUACGGACAGCAGGGCUACGGUCAACAAGGCUAUGGACAGCCUCAGCAGGGCUACGGACAAGGCUUCGGUGGUGCCCAGCAGGGCUACGGCGCUCCCCAGGGCGGCUACGGCGGUGCGCCUCAGGGUUACGGCGGCCCUCAGUAAGCGGCGCGCUUAUUGCACGAAAAGUCGUCUUGGGGUCUAAUCGUUCUCGAGUCUCUUGCCAGUAAUGAUCACGAAUGAAUCAGCAUACGCUCGUCUCCUCGUCUUGAGCGAAG